AUGGCCCCAGUGAAACAACCGAAAAAAGCGUUAAAAUCGAUGGAGAAACCACUAGAGAAGCCAAUAUCAAAAAGAAAGAAGAUGAAGAAGAAAAACUACCAAAGCUUUUCAAUUUACAUCUAUAAGUUACUGAAAACCGUAGCGAAGGAGAAUAUGGGUAUAUCCCAAAAGUCUAUGCUGAUAAUGAACAAUUUCGUGAACGACAUGUUGGAGAGGAUCGCUGAGGAAGCGGCGAGAUUGAUGUUACAUUCAAAGAAGACCACGCUAAGCAGUAGAGAGAUACAGUCGGCCAUAAAACUGCUCGUUCCUGGAGAGUUAGCAAAACACGCUAACAUAGAGGGACUUAAAGCUGUCACCACGUAUAUGAAUAGCAGGACGAAAGAAGCAUCGACAUGA